AUGGGAUUCGUGGAAGAAAGAAUCGACGGGAUUCCCGAGGCAAAUGCUGCAAUAGAGUCUUCUGCAACGUCAGAGAAUCACAUCUAUUUGAUAGCUGCCGUAGAAUUUGAGUCGAUUCAAGAGUCAACGCCGAAGAGAACUCGUCAAAAGCGUUGGUGGUGGGUGGUGCCGGCUGCUCGGUGUGCUGGCGGAGCCACGAUAAACAUGUGGGCAAAUGGAGCGUCAUGGAGAAAUGGCGCCGCUGGAUGUCUAGGUGCACUGGUGGGCAAGAGAUCGAUCGACGAGGGCGAUCAGUUCAAUUCAAACUCCAAUUCAACUCGUUGUCAAAUGAUCGCCUUAGCAUUUGCGGGUUCUGAUCGAAAUCUGGACGGAAGACUUUCUUUCGAAGAAGUCCGCAAAGAACAGGGGAUCAAUCAAACGGAUGCUAUUAACGUUUUUCGACUCCGUGACGCAAAUGAUAACAAUUUUUGGGAUCCCGAAGAGGUCGAUGAGUGUCUUCUCGAGUUGUCAAUCCCAAAAGUGAUCAAAGAGAAACGAUGUAAAAAUGAGAAAAAUGAGAAAAACGGGAAAAGUGAUCGCCGUCGAAGACGUCGUCAAAACACUUGUACAAUGUUUGCCGAUUAUAAACUU